AUGUCGUUCUCGAAGAAGACCUUGUUGGGCUUGUCUCUGCUGGCAGCACUGGGCCAAGCAUCCAAGGAAGUGAGCCCUCUCUUUGGCUACGGUACUGGUGACAAAGUCCGUGGUGUUAAUCUGGGUGGCUGGCUUGUUCUGGAGCCCUGGAUUACACCUUCAAUUUUCGAUGCGGCUGGUGCAGCAGCAGUUGACGAAUGGUCUCUUUGCUCUGUCUUGGGCCAAGAUGAAUGCCGCGCUGUUCUGGAGCAGCAUUGGAGUUCUUUCAUCACGCAAGACGACUUCAACCAGAUUGCUGCCACUGGUAUGAACCAUGUUCGAAUCCCUGUUGGAUACUGGGCCCUCGAGCGGCUGGAUGGCGACCCGUAUGUUGAUGGCCAGCUGGAGCAUCUCGAUAAUGCGAUCGCUUGGGCACGAGGUGCCGGCCUCAAGGUGCUUGUUGAUCUUCACGGUGCCCCUGGCUCCCAGAAUGGCUUUGACAACAGUGGAAAGCGAGGCUCCAUUGGAUGGCAGCAAGGAAGCAAUGUGGAAAACACCAAGCCUGCCCUGGAGGCCUUGGCUAAGCGUUAUGGAGGAGAUACCGAUGUUGUGACUGCUGUCGAGGCUCUUAAUGAACCAAGUAUUCCAGGAGGUGUCAACCAGGAUGGCCUCAAGCAAUACUACUAUGACUCCUGGGGAGUUAUUCGUGAGGCUAGCCAGGACACUACUGUUGUUCUCCACGACGGAUUUGUGCCUACAGAGUCAUGGAACGGAUUUAUGAGCGAGUCGACUGGUGUCUGGUAUGUUAUGAUGGACACUCACCACUACGAGGUCUUCGACAGCAGCCUUCUUGCAAUGGAUGUCAAUGCCCACGCCAGUAAUGUCUGCAAUUUUGUCAACCAGCACGUUGUCACCAGUGAUAAGUGGACCAUUGUCGGCGAAUGGACCGGUGCCAUGACUGACUGUGCCAAGUACCUCAAUGGCAAGGGAAUUGGGGCUCGCUACGACGGAAGCUACCAGGGCAGCCAGGCAAUCGGAAGUUGUGACGGAAAGUUUACUGGAACUGUUGAUGGAUUGGCUCAGCAGGACCGCGACAACAUUCGCCAGUUUAUUGAAGCCCAGCUCGAUGCUUAUGAGAAGGGUGCUGGUUGGUUGUAUUGGACCUGGAAGACUGAAGGUGCUCCUGAGUGGGAUAUGCAACAGCAGAUUGCUGGAGGAGUCUUCCCCAACCCCGUUACUAGCCGUCAAUUCCCCGGCCAGUGCUAG